CCGGCCGUUGGGAGGCGCCCGGCGGAGGCCCAGGAGCCAUGGCCGGGGAGGAGGCCGCGGCCGGGGCCGGGCAGCUCGGGGCCGAGGGGAGGGAGCCCGGCAGCGGCGGCCCCGAGGGCCAGCAGUGCGUCUUCUGCAGGAUCGCCCGCCGGGAGGAGCCGGGCACCGCGCUGCUGCCCUGCCAGUACGAAGACCUUGUCUGCUUCAGAGACAUCAGGCCCGGUGCCCCCCACCACUACCUGGUGGUGCCCGUGGAGCACAUGGGGAACUGCAAAACGCUCAAGUCCGAGCACAUACCUAUCGUGAAGAGAAUGAUGGAAGUUGGAAAAUCUGUCCUCCAGAGAAAUAAUUUUAAUGACUUAAAUGAUAUAAGAAUGGGUUUUCACUGGCCUCCCUUCUGCUCAAUAUCACACUUGCAUCUUCAUGUCCUGGCCCCAGCCAGUCAGCUAGGAUUCUUAUCCAGACUAAUUUACAGAAUCAACUCCUACUGGUUUAUCACGGCUGAACAACUGAUUGAACGACUGCAAACUGAAAACACUGCCAGUUGAAAGCACUCCUAGCCUCGGGUGACUAGCCAGUUUGUUCUUUGGUUUUGAACUCUGAUUUAAGGUUGCGCAGUUUGUUGCCAAUAAUACACCGGGGUAAGAAGGCUUAGUUCCUUACGAGGAAAUACAGAAUUCAUAGCUGUCAACCUAAUCCUCGCGUUUGGGUACUCCAGAAGUCUGUGUACUUCUCUGACAAUAAGGCGGUGUAUUUUAAUGCUAAUUUUAGGUAUGUGCAUGCAUAUAUAAUAGGCACAUACAUUAUACAUAGACACAUACACAUAUGCAAACAUCUUCUCCCAGUAAAAUGCAGGGUAUAGCAGCAGAAUGUAUCCUAACUACAUCCCGUCCUAAGGAAAUAAGUUAGUAGUAACAGCAUGCACAUGGUACCAAAGGUAAUAUUUGUUGUGGAAUCUAGCUUUUGUUUUAAAGAUCCAUUGUUCUGCAAUUGCAAAGAGCAUCCAAAAUAUUUCAGUUUCCAUCUGUACCUGUAUGAUAUAUUACCUACGCCUAGUUAGUAGUGGGUACCUUACAGAAAGUACACUACUAACUUCUCUGGUGCUAAACCACUUUAAUAUAUUACCCGUCUUACUUGCAUGACAGUGACAUAGUAAAUGUUAAUACAAUAUGUGCCCAAGAUGUGAUAAUGCUAUAAAACAUAGAAUAUAGUUUAAUUGUAUGUGUAAGUGAUUGUAUGUUGGACUAGAAGAUUGUUUCCCUCUUAUGUGCACAAUAUUUUUAAUUAGUUAUUGUAUGUUUACAAAAACAUGAAGAGUUCAGAAGAAUUGACUUCGCAUACUGCUGUUCUGCAUCAUGGUAGAAAAAAUACAUUUUGAGAUUAUUCUGAUCCUGUUCUCACAUGAAGUCAUUUGGAGAUUACUAAUGCCUUGGCUAAAUUUGAUUUCUAAAUGAGGUCACAGGAGAAAUGGGUCUGUAGUGCAGUAUGUGGCAGGCUUGCAUAACAGCAGCCUGAUAUGGAUUUGGAAGAGCAGGGACUCAGCCCAAAAUUGGAGCAUGCAGGGAUUGUGUUUGGAAUUGGUUACAGACCCUGCUGAACAUUUGCCUUCGCUGUAUGACUCUAAUCAGUAACGAUAGAGCUGUUUUUCAAUACCAUGUUAAGGCAGACUGUUUGGAAAGUUCACACUCCCAAAAACAUGGAGUGGAUUUUCCUUGUGCCCAGACUUGGUGCUUAACUAAUCAAGUGUCCUUGGCUGAUGCACUCGGAUGCAGCUGAGGUGGUGAUGGUCUGUCGUGCCUGCAAGAUUCCCCGAGCAUAAUCUUCUCAGUGUUUUCCACUGAUCCAGCACCUCUUGCCUUAGCGGGACAAUGCAUUGUAAUAUUCUUACAGCAGGCUAUACAUCGUACUUGAAAAGAUUCACACCCUUCUAAACAAGUGUUUUCUACCCAGGAGAGGUAACGUCAGUCUCUUCUGCAAGAGCUUGUUCCUCAUGUCGUGUUAUUCUUACUACUGGGCACUCACGUACUUUGCGGUUUUAAUUUGUAGUGUUAGCUAGGAGGAGUAUGAAUUAAAGGCACUGAACUUUGAUUAAUUCUGUGCAAUAGAUUAGGAGGCUUGAGCUGGUUCCUAACCAUAUGAAAUAUUUGGAUGUUAAGAUUUUUCAAGAGUUAAUACCCUGCGUGUUCUGAUUUGUAAUUAAUCUAUGUAACUACAUUGAACUGUAAUAUGUAAUAUUUAAAGUACCGACAUGAACUGUUGUCAAAAGGGAUUAAUAAAUGGAACAAACGCUG